CAACUGCAAGCCAUGUGAAAGGUCACGCUAAACGUUUCCGCUUCCUUUCCUGUUAGCGGCUGCCAUAGAGCAUUACCAAAAUGGGCAAGUUCAUGAAACCUGGAAAGGUCGUGAUGGUCCUGGCUGGACGCUACGCCGGUCGCAAGGCAGUCAUUGUGAAGAACAUAGACGAUGGCACUGCCGACCGUCCCUACAGCCACGCUCUGGUGGCAGGCAUCGACCGCUACCCUCGCAAGGUCACCACCAACAUGGGUAAGAAGAAGAUUGCCAAGCGGUCCAAAAUCAAGGCCUUCGUAAAGGUGUACAACUACAACCACUUGAUGCCCACCAGGUACUCUGUUGAUAUUCCUUUGGACAAAACUGUUGUGAACAAGGAUGUCUUCAGAGAUCCUGCCCUUAAACGCAAAGCCAGGCGGGAGGCCAAGGUCAAGUUUGAGGAGAGGUACAAGACUGGCAAGAAUAAGUGGUUCUUCCAGAAGCUCAGAUUCUAAACUCAUUUGUUUUCAACAAUAAAUGGUGUAAAAUCCA